UCCUAUUUCUAUUUCUUAUUAUGUUCAGGUUCUGAUUUCGGAGAUCUUUACACAAUUGCGAGCAAAAUUUCAUAUAGGCAAGCAGGCAAUGGCAAGGUACCUAGCACAGAUCAUUUACUUGGGAGCCCAGGUGGUUGGGCGGGCGCUGGUGAAGACGAUGCGCCAGGAGAUCGAGGCCUGCCAGGAGGCGGCCCGGCUCCAGGAGACACUCCGGGCCAACGAGCCCAGCGGCAGGGAUGUGGCGGUCAAGGGGAUGACCCUGCUGGAGGCCCAGCAGAUCCUCAAUGUGAAGGAUCUGAGUGACCGCCAGGCGAUCGAGGCCCACUACCAGCAUUUGUUCCGGGCGAACGAGAAACCCUCCGGCGGCACCUUCUACAUCCAGUCGAAGGUCUUUCGGGCCAAGGAGCGGAUCGACCAGGAGCUGGCCAAGCUGGAGGAACGGACCCGUUCCGCAUCACCUACAGCCCGAUUGCAGUCCCAAUUCCAGACCAAAGAGCCAGACCACAAGUGCCGGUGAUCAUUCCCAGUCAUAUUUCCGGCCUGGCUUCUUCAUGGUGUGCAAUCGAUCUGUCCUGUGAUGUUAGUUAAUAAAUUCUCUUCGAAUCCCUAAUACAUGUAUAUAUUUAAAUUGUAAAAUAACUAUAUUAAAUGAGCAACAUAACAGCCUACAA